UAUCUCCCGAUGCUACGUCAUUAAAAGAUGUAAAGAUAAUGCAGGGAAGACGCGGAAGAAGAGGUCCAAUGGGCAAGCCGGGCGCACCUGGGCCACUGGGUCCUAAGGGAGACAAAGGAGAAGACGGUUUACGGGGAGAAAAGGGAUACCCUGGAAACUUGGACUUCGUUUUACUGAUUAUGGCUGGUCUUCGCCGAGACGUUCUCGAACUCCAAAGGGCGGUAUUUCGCGACCGUGUGAAUGACAUCCCGCAUUUGCCCGAGAUCACGAAUAGAAAAGAUCGCAACGAGAUCCUGGGCUUUCACCUCGGCGAGGAGUACGUUUUAGAAUAUCCAGACAUAGCUUUGGAUACAUUUUACGACACUAUGACAUUUGAUUCUGAACUUGGCAGUGGUGAUCAAUCAGCGGGUUCAAAAAGCAAUUUGAAGUCAAAAGAGGACGAUCUUAACUGGAUGUAUUCAUCGAAAGACCCUGCGCUUGAAAUCGAACAACCAAAGCCACAACUCAUGCCUACAACAGACACGACCAAAAAAUCAUCCCUGGACAUUUAAAUUUAUUAUAGUUUAUAGAGCAUAUUUUUAUGAUCAUUUAUUAAUUUCCUGUUUUAUUAAUUGAUUUAUCAUAUAAAUCUGUUUUUUUUUUAUUAUAUUCACACGGUGAUUUUUCGUCCAAAAAUGUGUCAUGCGUUAUACUACCCGCUACUAACGCCUCGUUUUGUUGUACUAUUUUAAAGAAAACAUAAAGAUUAGCCAUAAAAAGACAUGUUUCAUUUUUAAUAAGGAAGUUUAGGUUGAUCAUGUUACGUUCUUAAUGCUUUCGUACAUAAUUAUCAUUGCUGUAAUCACUCAAUUCUAAUUUACUUCAUAGAGGGUACUUCUAAACGUUGUUUCCGGAUUCUAAUGAAUAAAACUUCUCAUGAACCGUACACAAUUUACAGCCCUUAUGAUCCUUACAUGGGUCAUUGAUAGGUCAUUUCAGUCUAUAAAUCUUACAUAACAUAAGGAGUUCAACUUUAAAGCGGAUGGGUCUUCAUCUGCUCACGCGCGGAAAUUAAGUCCUGGGCGACGAUAGCAACGCAUGUUAAACAACUUGAAGGGUAGACACUUGUUUUUAAACAACUACACGCUAUCUCGUUGUUCUACGUUGACCGCCUUCUUCAGAGUUUCGGUCAAAUUCUAUAGAGGUGUGUAACUAACGCAAACACUUGAAUACGUCCUUAUUGAUGUUUUUGUUUUCUCGUUUAUAUUUAAUUUGAAACUUUUGAAUGCCAUGCCACAGUCCCUCUAUCAUAAUGGAGAGACUGGUCGUGCAUACUUUGGCGUCAGUUUAUUAGAUGUAUUCUUUGUUCGUGCAAAGACAAUAAUGUCUUUGGUUCAUGUAUAUUCAUGGUUACUCGUUUAAUGUAUUUAUAAUCGUGAAAAUCAUAAGAAUAAACCAUUGAUUACCCGUU